GUUGAAAAUGAGUUCAUUGGUCAUACAAGAAAUUCACCAUUACCAAAUCCUAAAUAUUACAAACUAACUGGUUUCAAUCGUGAGUUUUGGAUAGACAUGUACUCAACUCAUGACCAUAAAGCACCAGUGUUCUUGCCUCCAGAUAGAAAAGAUUGUUUAUACAUUGAAGCUCAACUCUUAAACUCUACCAUAGCAAUAUUAUAA